CCCAUAAAUUAAUUAAUUACAGGUUGAAAAGCUUAACUGUUCUAUUCUGUUCGAUUAUAUGUACAUACACUAUACAUACAUACAGCUAACCAACCAAACCAAUUUGGCAAUGCGACCCGCCUAUAAAUUAUUACAUGACAAUACUCCUCACAAGUGCACACCCAAAUUUCAAAAAUCCAAAUCCCAAUUUAAACUUCAAAUCUAAAAAUCUAAAUGGAGUGGAGAAAAGGGCCCACGAUCGGCCGGGGCUCCUCCGCCGUGGUUUCCGUCGCCACCACCGCCGCCGGGGAGGUCUUUGCGGUGAAGUCCGCUGGCGUUUCUUCUUCCGGCUCGCUGAGGAAGGAGGAGAUUAUAAUGACUCAAUUCUCCUCUCCUUUCGUUGUACAGUGCUUUGGGUCGGAUGUUAAAGACCACGUUUUUAAUCUGUUCUUGGAGUAUGUUCCCGGCGGCACGCUUUCCGAUCUGAUCAGAAGCAGCGGCGGCGGCCGCCUCGAGGAGGCGGCGAUUAGGCUCUACGCGCGGCAAUUGGUGGAGGGAUUGAAUUGUGUUCAUCUCAAGGGUGUGGCUCACUGCGACAUUAAAGGGCAGAAUAUAUUGGUCGGCGCCGGCGGGUUGAAGAUCGCCGAUUUUGGGUGUGCGAAAUGGGUGGGGGGGAAAUUGGGCGGGAGUUUCGCCGGAACGCCGGCGUACAUGGCCCCGGAGGUCGCCCGCGGCGAGGAGCAGGGAUUUCCGGCGGAUGUGUGGGCUUUGGGGUGCACUGUGAUCGAAAUGGCCACCGGAACAAUUCCGUGGCCGGAGAUGAAGGACCCUGCGGCGGCGCUUUACAGAGUGGCUUACUCCGGCGACGUGCCGGAGUUUCCUGACUGGUUCUCCGACGCCGGCAGGGAUUUUCUCGGGAAGUGCCUGGUUAGAGAGGCGGCGGAGCGGUGGACGGCGGCGGAGCUUCUGCAGCAUCCUUUUAUCAGCUCUGUGGAUUCCGAUUCCGGCGAGAUAAGAGAGCUCGUCAGAAAUUCGCCGACGAGCGUGAUGGAUCAGUGCUUUUGGGAUGCCAUGGAAGUUUCAGAUUUUUCUCUCGAUCCGACGGGUACGGCUUCGUCGUCGACGAAUUCUCCGGCGGCCAGGAUCACAGGUCUCGCCGGCGGCGUCCUUCCGAUGAAUUUGAAUUUUCCAGAUUGGACAGAGGAGGAAGAUUGGGUAACCGUUAGGGAUGAUGGGAAUAAAGAAUCUUCACGGGAUUAUUACAGCAGUGAAGAUUCGAAUUACGAAAACUUGAUUGGUGAAGAAGAGACGGGUGUCUUAACUGCCAUUGAAGAUCCAUUCUUGAAUUCCUUUAGUGAUGAGAUUAAUGUUACUGAUAGAAUUAGGGAUUUUUCAUCUGGGCUUUCUGUGUCAAGAACAAUUAUGUCCGAUCAAACAGUAAUGGAAUUUAAAUCGACUUUUCCUGCAAUUUUCACAGUCCUUUUUUCAUGGCAUUAUUCCAUUGGUGAAGAAGAUGACUGAUUUACAAAGCAUUUU